AUGCUGUCAAAAGACGGCCAUGUGUCGCCGUGCCAUCUGCCGCAAUCUGCAGAGGCACAGUCCAAGUCAACCAAACCGAAAACAUGUUUGACAGAGUUGGACGAGAACGCAUCGUCCAGCUUUGAUUCCACUCAGCGCGUCAUCAUCAACCCCCUGCCACUGCUGCCAAUGGUGAUGGGCGUUUCGCUACAUGGGCGGCGUCAUCAAAUCCGAGACAUUCGAGCUGAUUUUCCCUCGCCCAAGGAUGAACCAUGCGCGGGCGCCAUUUUUGGUCUGUCGGCUAAGCGUUUCAGAAAAUCCAUCCCAUGGGCUUUUAUUGUGGAAAAUGCACAUCGAAAACUUCCGUUAUCGCCAGUCCCGCGAGCUCGGCAAUAG